GAAGGGCAAUCCAGGCAUGCCUGGGGAACCGGGACCAAGGGGCCAUCCUGGAGAAUUGGGACCUCGGGGACCCGCUGGACCACCGGGUGCCAAGGGACAGGAAGGUGCACAUGGGGCUCCUGGAGCAGCUGGAAACCCUGGUGCUCCUGGACAUGUCAGUUCCCCUGGUCCCAGUGGCCCUCCAGGAAGUGUGGGUGCUCCUGGCCUCAGAGGCCCCCCUGGGAAAGAUGGGGAGUGUGGUGAGAAGGGCGCAGCAGGGGAAGAAGGCAGCCCAGGGCCUGUUGGUCCCAGGGGAGAUUCUGGUGCUCCUGGACUCCCUGGGCCACCCAGAAAAGGGAAGGAUGGAGAGCCGCUCAGGACAAGUGUGGUAUGCGUAGAGAAGGACCUCUGGUCUACUCUGGUGCUUUUAGCCAAGACUUCCAAACGUAGAAUCAUGGUUUUCAUUGUGGCUGUGAGUGCCAAAGCCCUUCAGCCUGAAGUGAAGGUUUCAAAGCCUGCUUUGAAACGAGGCCUUGCCCCUUACUUGCGCAAGUCUAUACAAUGA